UUCUUCUUCUCCCGCUUUCCCCUAUCGUGAAUGCACGGAAGGAAGAGGAACAGCCUUUGAGAUGGAGGAUGUCACGAUUCUCACCAUUGCUGAGCUAAUCCAACGCGGUCUUCCUCUCUCUGGAACUUCCAAUAUUCAUCAAUCUUCUUCCUGCAAUUCACUCCCGAUAGAUUUGUUUCAAUCAAAUCCAAGGCCUGUUCCAUCAACCUUCUCAUCUCCUGCGGAAUCGAAUCCUAGCCCUAAAGUUCUUGCUUCUCUGAAACAUCCAGCAAUCAUCAUUGGAACCCUGAAUCUUCCUACCGAUGCUUGCGGGCCGUCCAACUUAAAGUCUUCCUGUCGAUGUCCCAGCAACAAUUGCUUUCAGUUCACUGAUGGUUCGGGUACUAUUUGCUGUGAUAUACUUGAUAUCGACAUUCGAGUGAUCGGAAAUGAAAUUCGGGUCUUAUCUUGGAAUUUCAUACCGUUGAGAAGAGCCGGCGGUUUCUUGGAAAUUAUAAAAUGGGACUUUCUUUCCCCGGGCAGGGCACUUCCUCAAUGCCCCGACGUCGAUCCAGUUCUCUUGGAUAUAGGUGCUUACCCUGCUUCUAACGAUAAGUUAAAGCUUCGGCACUGCCUUUGUGGUGUAUUAGAGUCAGUUGGUCCAGUUACUAUUGUUCCGUGUACAGUAGGCCUGAGAAAUUUGCAGAGCUGCAGGGAGUCCGAUUCAACCGCGGGCUUGAAAAAUAUUCGAGGAUUUAUGGCUCAAAUCAUGAUCUGUGAGUGUCGGUCAUGUACUUCUAGGGAGCCGAUGAGUUUACCUGACGAUUCAGUUCGAGUACUUAAUACUCAUUCAUUUGUCAAACCGACGGUUGUGUAUCUUUGCGGCUCAGCGUCAUCUUGGCACCCUGUUCUAACGAAAUUUGUGGGAAGAGCCUUAACUUUUGGGGGUUUGAAAAAGAAGAAGGUCUCCAUCGGUAAGGCCGAGUCCUGUUUGAUGUAUAUCAGCACGGAGAACUCUUCUCUCCAUCUAUCUAGGUUAUCUCGAAUAAGGCUUCCAUGUAAGACAAAUGCCAUCAAAGGGAAGGGAGAAUGUGGAUCAUACACGGGUAUAAUUAAUGGAGUAUAUAUGCAAGGAAUGCUUCUUGAGCUUGAGAACGGAGUCUGGCUUUUGUUGACCGAUCAUUUCCUUUCUCCACCUCAUAGUCUUAGGGCGGGCGCCAUUAUAUCUGUGCGGAAUGUCCACUUUGUGAAUCCUAAAUUUCCUUGGUCGAAAUUGCUUAUACUUGGUGCUUGUGUCAAAACUAGCAUCUUCGUGCAGCAAUUUUCUCCAUUGGAAACCAAGUGUCACGUCCUUUCACAGUCAAGGUCUAUGCUGGGGAAGUUUAUCGACACCUUACCUUUUUCGGCUAGACUAUGGGUAUUGCUUCUUAUUUCGUCUUUCCGGAAAAUGUUUGCUGGUGUUUUAUCAGAAAAAGAAAUUUUGGGAUCAAAACAUAAAGAAGGACUGGUUCAAAUGUAUGCUAAAUCGCAUUUACCUUCAUCUAUUUCCCGAUAUCAGCAUGGAUCAAUGAUGAAGCUGUACGAGCAUGAUUCAUGUGGCUGUGGUAGUGAACCGUGGAACAUUAGCCUUGAAACUGUGGUACCUCUCUCUCUUUUAAGUUUCUAUUGUAAUUUUACGUGUUUGAGGGCCAUAAUGUUGAAAAACAAAAGAGUUAUUAUGUACGAAUACAACCAGCUUGAUCACUUCAGACUUCUAUCAUGUGGAGGUAGAUCUUCUCAUCAGACAACUAGGAAAAUUUAUCGUAGUGAAGACAUUGGCUUUGUUCUGGUUGGCAGUCUGAAGAUUUCCACGUAUUCUGGAAGAUUGCAGUUGGUUGAUGCAACUGGAGGUAUUGAUGCUACGGUACCUGAUCUUCCGUCAACUUGGAAUGUCAAUAGCAUAUAUGAGGUAACAAAAUAUAUUGUGGUCAUUGAAGGCAUUCCACAAAUGGAUAAGUCUUUGACCAAUCAGUCAUUCUCAUGCCGCAGUUUUUUUCAGAGCAUCUCGUUGGAAAGAGAUCUUGGCAUAGCAAUUUAUGUUUAUUUUCAAUACAGAAAUGCAACCUGCAAAAACCUUCCCUCAUAUUCUUGCGUUGAAAAUGGGUCUGAUCUUGAGAUAUUCGAAGGUGGAACUUAUCACCUUCUAGAAGUAACACACAAGUUUCCUAUGUUACGAAAGUUUCCAGGCAAACAUUUGGCACCAAACACAUCAAGCAUGUUCGUUGAGGCUGUCCUCCAUCCUUGGAAUUUAUUUCUUACUGAGAGAGAUAAAAAAUAUUCAACAAAGGCUUCAAUGAAGCAGCUGAGGGAAGAUACUGGAACUGCAAAUGAUCAGAAAUAUGUUGAUAAGAGACUUAAAAUUGGCCAUCCAUCUGGGAGGCUUGAAGGCCCAGAUAUGGUAUGUGACUUUGAUGAGUCUAGCUGUAGGCUUAAUGGUCGUUGCACUUGUUACAAAGGAUCUAAUGAGGAACAGAAAUGCUGCAACUUGAGCCAUCACAGAAUUUCUUGUGCAGCUACGGUUAGGAGUUCAGAUCAUAGUAGCCAAUACAUGUUAGGUUUCUUAUACAACACAAAAAGCAAAUCAAGUAGUAAUGAUGGUUCCAGAGUUGGUGCUCAACAGAUUUUGUUAGAGAUUCAACCUGAUAGUCUUUUGAAAUAUCAGUUCCUGCAGAUUGGCAAUUACUACAUCACAAAACGUAAUAAAGAUCAUUCUUUAUUCAACAUAGAGGAAUGCAAUUAUGUCAACAGCCAAAACUUUGUUAUAACCUCAAGUACUCAUUUAUGGAGCAUCUCAUUCACUUUUGAUAAUGAUAUCCUCCAUAGCAUUGAAUCGAACGACACUCAGUUCAAUGACUUUCCCAUCUGUGAUGGUGGAGUGAUUUCAGAAGAUCAAAUUGAUUUGCAUAAUGGAUCCUUUUCGGAUAUCCAUCUUCAUAUUCCUUCAAAUGCAAAAGAUAUUCUGGUGUUUGAUCUUGAAAAACAGGAAGAAAAUUCAAACCAACCAAUUUUAAGACCUGAAGAGAUCGGCAAAAUUUCUCCCUGCUAUAGAGAUGUGACAUCGUCGGACAUGCAUGCCUCUGUUAUCCAUGGAUCUGACUGUCUGUUUCCUGAAGGAAACUUAUCCUCUGCGGAAGGUCAUGUUGUUGCAGUGCAUGAUCUUCAUCAAAGUUGCAUUGAUUCUGAUUUAAAAUGUCAAAGUAUUAAAGAAGGUAGCCAGUGCAGAUUCUUUGUGCGUUCCAAAAGCACUUGUAUUCAUCUUCUGGUGGAGGACCAAAUUGUGAAAAUUUUUGGUUAUCUGAAGAAUCAUGCUUUACCUGUUGGAUUUGGACCUGGUGUGAGAGCAACCUUCCAUCGAGUUCUAGAACUUGGGGAUCUACGGAGAUUGAUGUGGACUCCGCUAUCUUUCAUAGAUAUCAUUUCUUUCAGUGUACUUGAUCAUUCAUUUAUUGAGAAGAAUCCCGACUCUAUCUCAUAUUCAGACACUAUUUCUUUGCAACUAUUUUCUGAAUUGAUUCACUCCUCCCAUUGCGAGUUAACAAAGUUCCGUUGCAGAGUUGUUGCUGUCAAUUUUCUAGUCCUGGAGAAGAACAUUGAUCACGUCAAUUUGCAAGAUGAAAUGUCUCAAAGGCAACCUCUUGUAAAGAUUCCUCUUGCUGGAUUCAUAUUGGAUGAUGGUUCAUCCAGAUGCAACUGCUGGACCAGUGGUGAAAGAGCAGCAGCCUUGUUGCGGCUGCACGAUCCACUUCCACAUUUAGCUUUUAAGAACAUUGACUGGACAUUAAAAUGGACUGGGAUGACUCGUAACUCCCGCGCCACUGCAAACUAUCAUCUGGGCAGGGUUCUGAAGAACCAUGGUAGAAUUAUUGUGAGAAGUUGCGGGUCAAUCCUCGAUUCUUAUCAAGACCUUGAUAUUUCUCUUGCUUCGGAUGAUACUCUCAGCAGUGCAGAUGAGAGUCUUCUCAAGUUCAUAUUAGUGAAUUCAUGCCUUGGUGCCAUUUGGACUCUCAUUGGGAAUCAGUUGGAUUCAGAUGCUGUUGGAAGUCUGUUAAAGGAAUACAUGAUGGAACCAGGGUUGAUGCAGUCACAAAAUAUAUGGGUGACGGAUGUUUAUUGUACAAAUGCUCUUAAUGAGGCCAGGAAUGCUCUCCUUGAACUGGCGAACAGUUGAUGGUCUUAUUUGUCUGCAACCAGAACAGCAGGAUUUCCAAUACUUAAAAUGAAGAAUGCGGAGUCAUCUCUGCAAAACCGAAUAAUUCCCUCAUGGUAUUGGUACCAAGGACCUUGGUGCCUGUCGUUUGCCUAUUGCAGGGAAUUGCUCCUGUAAGCCAUUUCCGCUAUGACCGGCCGUUAGCCGAGUUAGUGGCUCUAAAUUGAGUUCAAAUAACACACUUGAGUUGUCAAGUGCAGCACGCCAAUAAAAUAGCGAAGGCCACUUGAUGUUCUUGCAGUCAAGUCCAUGUAGGCCUUGCUCUUAGGCCAAUGGCAAUGCCUGCAAUAUUUGAGAGGAACAUCGCUAUGGCCAUAACCAGAAUACUGAAUUAAUGUAUGGGUAUUAAUAAUUGGAGUUUCGCUGUAUUUAGAACUGUGAUGACCGACCAGCCAUACUGUCUUGAAAAGGACGGAUCGUCUGUCCUUGUGUUGAGUUUGAAACAAUAAGAGCUCCCACCAACACAAAUUUGAGGUUGAUGAGCCUGCACAGGAGAAGGAGCGAGCUACCUCCACAAUUGAGGUUUGUAUGAGUUUAUGUUUAUUUAGAUGUUUUAAUAAAGUAUAUUUUCCUAAUUGAAUACAUAUUAAAUUAGUAUUAAAUGUAAUGUAAAUUUGAAUUGAAGAAAACCCAUCAAUUUUGGUGGGAAUAAAAGAACGUCUAAGAUGUCCUUUGGACUAUGGAAUUGGUCUAGA